AAUCCCUAAUCCUGAUUGGCCGCCAGUGGCACGCCUACUCGAGUCCGCCGAGGGCAGAGCCCUAAACACACACACACUGAGGGAAUGAGGGACAAGAUGUCUGCUCCCCGCGCUCUUCCUCACGGACUAUCCUUCUGUUUCGUCUGAGAGCGUCUGGAACCGCCGUGUCUCCCUAUCUCCUCGCAGCUGUCACACACACGUGUCCGGUGCCUUCCGAUGCUCCCGCUAAAUCCUCCCCCCGAGACCCUCUUUUCCCUCCCCAAUGUGGACUCUCCAGGCGUCGGCUUCGCUCCUCCUUUGUAAUCCGCGCAGGGAACCAUGGCGACCCGCCGGGCAAUUGUACCUGAGCAGCAACAGGAGCCCUCCAGCCCGGCCAGUGAGAUUUCUAAAAACAAAGAUGGGCAAGAGCAAAGUGAGAUGGUAUCGCCGAUGGAGGAGGAAGGCUUCUGCUGGCCUGGCCCAAAAUCUGUUGCUCUACGAAAAACCUCAGACGGAUUCGGUUUUACUUUAAGGCACUUCAUUGUUUAUCCCCCCGAGUCGGCAGUUCAUACAUCAAUAAAGGAUGAAGAGAAUGGAAACCGAGGAGUUAAUGCAGGGAGACCAAGAAACAAACUGGAGCCAAUGGACACAAUAUUUGUUAAACAGGUUAAAGAAGGAGGCCCAGCGCAUGAAGCAGGACUGUGUACAGGGGACCGGAUUAUAAAAGUGAACGGUGAAAGUGUCAUUGGUAAAACAUACUCCCAAGUUAUUGCUCUUAUCCAAAACAGCGAUUCCACGUUAGAACUCAGCGUGAUGCCAAAAGAUGAAGAUAUCCUACAAUUGCUGCAGUUCCCAAAGGAUGUCACAGCACUGGCAUAUUCACAAGAUGCUUACCUGAAAGGGAAUGAUUCCUACAGCGGCAAUGCACAUCACAUACCUGAACCUCCACCCCUAUGCUAUCCUCGAAUUAAACCUGCAGCUUCAGUGAUGGCGCAACCAGUUGAAGUUCCACCUUCAGGCACAUCAUUGGCUAAGCAACAAUCAAGCCGUCCGAUGAAGACCGCAACAACGCAGCCUGACCGAAGCUACAGGGUUGAAAUACAAGUGCCUCCUUCACCUACAGAUCUUGUCAAAUCAAAUACAGCUGUAUGUGUCUGCAAUGAGGCUGUUAGGACUGUUCUAGUGCCUUCUGAGAAGGUUGUAGAUCUUUCAUCAAAUAGAACUAACCGGGCUGGCCCAUUACACAGAACUGAAGAAGUAAGGUAUGGGUUAGCGGAUCCAUCUAUAUUAAAAAGGACUACAUCUCCUACAUCUUCCAUCCCCCACGUGCAGAUGGUUCCCACCGCUCGGCAGUUUGAUAAUGCUGUAAUAGGCAAACCUCCAAGCUAUGGAGGACACGCUGAAAAUAUGUUUAGCACUAGGCCCACUGCUCAGGCAGAAGGAUCUCCAUCUCCUACAAAUCAUUACUCUUCACCUGGUCCCCACCAGCAAAUAGACUGGCGAAACUAUAAAACUUACAAAGAAUAUAUUGAUAAUAGACGUAUGCAAAUGUAUGGCUGCCGAACAAUCCAGGAAAGACUAGACAGCCUUAAAGCAGCAUCUCAAACCACAACAGAUUACAAUCAAAUGUUGCCAAAUCACUUUUCUGGCCAGUCGCGGAGACGGAGUACGUCUCACGACAGGGUCCAGCAGUCUGUCCAAAUGCGGCAGCGGAGCGUUUCACAAGAAAGACUCGAGGAUCCAGUUUUAAUGAAAGAAUGGCCUAGAAGCGCUUCUCAAGACACGUUAUCAUCUGCUGUGGCCUCCCGCAACCACAGAUCAGAGUCGUGGGAUUAUCACGCCAGAAAAGGGGAUUUUGACCAAUUCAUUGUAGAAACACAAUCUAAUGGAGAACGAAAGCACAAUUACAAAUGGUCUGGCUUCACAGAACAAGAUGACCGGAGAGGCAUUACUGAAAGACCUAGACAGCAUUCAUUUCAUAUGUCUCUCCGGUCACCAAACUUUACUAUGGCCCCCGUUCCUUACACCUCCUUUGCACAUCCGUUGCAAAAGGUUCAUCCUGACGUGAAAACCAUACAACCUACAAGGCAAAACUCUUAUCGAUCUCCACAUCCGAGACCAGCUGUAAGCGAUAGGUCGGGUUUUGCUGUUUCUAAAAGCAACUCUGUAAAAAUACCUACUCCCUGUGCCUCUAAAUCGUAUUCUCCCAGUGUCCGCUCAGACGAUGGUAUUGUCAGAGACCAAAAACCAGUCAACUACAUGCAUGUAAGUGGCCCUCAAAACUUUCAGAGAAAAACUCAAACCGAAAGUGCUUCGGGCUUCCAGUUGGACUCUGUCAAAACGUCUACGUCUGCCUCAUCUUCACCUCCGGCUAACACUAAGCCUGCGAAGCAGGUGAAACAUAGCACAGCUACCUCUCAAAACGUAGAUGUUAAAAAAACUCCGAGUCCAGAGGAAAAUGCCGGUGAUUCUGAUGCAGUAUUGACUCCUGUAGACCAGGUGGUUUUGAGGGAAAAACCCUCGCCAGGUCAACAGACUUCACCGCCUAUAAGGCAACAGUCCUAUAUUUUUGCCGUCAAUGAGCAGGAAGGUGUGUCCGACACAACCUGCUGGUUACCCAAUGAUGCCCGACGGGAAGUACAUAUAAAAAGAAUUGAACAGAGAAAGGCAUCGGGCUCCAAUUCACCGGGGAAUUCUCUGGCAUCCAUCCCUUUUAUAGAUGAGCCGACCAGUCCCAGCAUUGACCAUGAAAUUGGCAACAUUCCUGCUUCUGCUGUUAUAUCUAUUUCCGAGCAGCCGCUGCCCACCAUCACCACGGUUCCACCCAGCCCCACAUCUCCAGUGCCAUUGAUGCGCCGUCAUUUCUCUCAUGAUCAUGAUUCUAUUCGGCCCAGUAUUUUAGAAGUGAACUCAAAGACUGAAAGAUCGAAAUCUUGUGAUGAGGGACUUGAUGACUACAAGGAGGAGGGGAAACUAGGUCUAAAGCAAGGUUCCAGCCUUAAAGGAGUCCAGGCAAGAGAAAAUGUGCCGUCAUCCGAAGACUCUGAAUCCAGGAAAGAUUCCUCCUCUGAUGUCUUCAGUGACUCAAAUAAGGAAGGUUUCCUGUAUUUCCGUCAGGUGACUACUGAGAAAGGAAAGAGAGUGAGUGGGAGCAUUCGGCCCUGGAAACAGAUGUACGUUGUCUUGCGUGGCUCAGCAUUGUAUUUGCAAAAGGACAAGAAAGAGCAAACCGGGCAUUCCUCAGCACAAUCUGACGAAGAGCAGCUAAUUGGGAUCAAUGGGUGUCUUAUAGAUAUAUCAUACAGCGAAACCAAGAGAAAGCAUGUCUUCCGCCUGACAACAUCUGACAGAGAAUUCCUCUUUCAAGCAGAAGAUCGAGAUGAUAUGUUGGCUUGGAUUAAAGCUAUACAGGAAAAUGGCAAUCUCAAUGAUGAGCAAACAGAUCAAGCAAGCAGGGUUCUUAUUAGCAAGAGAAUCAAAGAAUAUAACACAAUGAUGAGCUCCGCCAGCAACAAAUCAGAACAAUCUCCUAAAGCCCCACGGCAGACUUUGAGUAUCAGGCAGCCAUUCCGUGCCACCAGACCUGAUGGCAAGCUACAAAGUCCUCACUCUCCAAAACAGGAAUCUGAAAGAAGAUUGUUUAGCAAAGAUGAUAUCAGUCCACCUAAAGACAAAGGCUCAUGGAGAAGAAUCAUGAAGAACCCCUUUGAGAAGAAGCCAAUCACUGGUGGGACCUUUGGUGUGAGGCUGGAUGACUGCCCUCCUGCUCACAACAACAAAUAUGUCCCCUUGAUAGUUGACGUAUGUUGCAAGUUAGUUGAAGAAAGAGGGCUUGAAGCCACUGGUAUCUAUAGAGUCCCUGGUAACAAUGCUGCUAUAUCUAGCAUGCAAGAAGAUCUCAACAAAGCAAACACGGACAUUGAUAUCCAAGAUGAUAAAUGGCGUGACUUGAACGUAAUAAGCAGUCUACUGAAAUCCUUUUUCCGGAAAUUGCCAGACCCUCUCUUUACCAACGAAAAGUACAAUGAUUUUAUUGAAGCAAACAGAACAGAAGACCCAGUAGAGAGACUGAAAACUCUAAAAAGACUGAUAUUGGAUUUGCCAGACCAUCACUAUGAAACACUUAAAUACUUGUCUGCACAUCUGAAGACUGUGGCAGAUAACGCUGAACUGAACAAGAUGGAACCCCGAAAUUUGGCAAUCGUUUUUGGACCAACCCUUGUUCGGACAUCAGAAGACAACAUGACUCACAUGGUCACACACAUGCCCGACCAGUACAAGAUAGUGGAAACCCUCAUUCAGAAACAUGAUUGGUUUUUCAGUGACGAAAGUUCAGACGAGCCAAUUACAACUGUACACGAGGAAAGCACAGUAGAGUCUCAGCCAGUGCCAAACAUAGAUCAUUUACUCCCCAACAUUGGAAGGACUGGACUUUCUCCAGGAGACGUAUCAGAUUCGGCUACUAGUGACUCUGCAAAACCUAAGGGUUCUUGGGGCUCUGGGAAAGAUCAGUAUAGCAGAGAGCUGCUGGUGUCUUCUCUGUUUGCUGCAGCCAGUCGCAAGAGAAAGAAACCGAAAGAUAAACCCCAGCCAAGCAGUUCAGAGGAUGAGCUUGAUAAUGUGUUUUAUCAAAAGGAGUUAUCUCAAGUGGAGUUUCAGAUACCAGACAAACAGAAUGUCGAUAAGGAUGCGGAUCUGAAAGCAAAAGCCAAUGCACUUUCAUUCAAAGAUGCUGACAACAUUAAAGGCACAAAUAUAAUUACGGAAGAUAAGCUAGAAAGCGACAUUAUGCAUUCUGAAUCCACUUCUCCUUGCCUCCCAAAGCUUUUAGAACCCCCAAAAGAGAAUCAUAGGCUACAAGUGCCAUCUGAUGACAAAACUAUCCCACAAAUAAGCUUCCAAAUGGAAGAGAGCAUGUCUGACUCAGGAACUAUGCUUAGCACUUCAUCGCAAGCCUCUGCACAAAGGUCAAAGCCAAAAGUGGUUAGUCCUGAAUUCAAAGGCCAUGAUUUCUUAACAGCGGAUGUGAGCUCUAUCACCUCGGAUUACUCUACAACAUCAUCGACUAUAUACAUGACUGGGUUAGACCCAAAUCCUAUCAGCCCAGAGGUCCAGUCUGUGGCAGAAAGCAAAGGAGAGGAAGCAGAUGAUGAGAGAAGUGAACUUAUUAGCGAGGGCCGGCCGGUGGAAACAGACAGUGAAAAUGAUUUCCACAUAUUUGCUUCAAGCCUUGCCUUCAAUAGGCAACAUCGAAGCAAAGAGGAAGACCCACCAAGGAAUGUUCAAGCGAACGCUGAAGGAAGUCCCAGUUGCACAGAAGGAAGUAUAACCCCAAGAUUGGACACACGAAGGUUUAGCUCUCAUAAACUUAUUGAAUGUGACACUUUAUCGAGGAAAAAGUCCGUACGCCUAAAGACAGACAGUGAAUGUUCUGCUGAGAGCAAGAAUGAGGAAACGCUAUCAGAUGCACAUGAGGUGAUGAAAAAAAGUAGGUCCCCAAUCAAUGUGGACACCACUGCAAAUAAUGAGCCUGAAGAGCCUGCCUGGAGAAUUAAAAUAACAGAUCGGCUCAAACUGCGCCUUAAAGCGUCUGCAGAUGACAUGUUUGGAAUAGGAAGUCAAAAAGCACAUGCCGCUGAGACCCGAAAGAAGAAAAACAUUCGGAGGAGGCACACACUUGGGGGACAGAGAGACUUUGCUGAAAUCAGUGUUUUAAAUGCUUGGAAAAUCAAUGAGCCAAGUUCCAAGGAAGUUGAACUUUCUGCUGUGGAUCGCUUGAAGCCAAAGUGUCCUUCCCAGGACCUCUCUAUUUCCGACUGGCUCGCCCGGGAACGUUUACGCACUAGCACAUCUGAGCUCAGCACGGUGGAGCCUGAAGAGAAACACAUUAGUGAGACCACUGGUCAGAAAGAGUCGGUCUCUCCCAGCCCACCACCAUCAUCAUCUCCAUCACAAGUAAGCACAGCCGACAUUCCAACCGGAAGCGAAAGCCCGUCCCUCGGAACAGCACCCCAGUCUGACGAUCAAAUGAAUGGUGACAGCUUCCAGAGCAAAAACAAAAACAACUUCAGUCCUGCCGUCGAUGCUCACCCUCAUAAACUCUCUGGUACUCAAGUAGUCCGAUCUCGAUUUUACCAGUACCUUUAAACGCUACCCACAGUUGCAGUUUAUCGCUUCUAGUUGAUUUACAUGUAUAUCUUGUGCCUGAACUUUAUUUUUUUUUGUAUUUUGUUUUUCAGCCUUUUUAGAGCUGAAUUCAUUCAUAGGCCCUGUGGAACGUCUUCACAGAGCUUAGCUGCAGCCAGAUGAACAGGACUGACAGAAUUAACUUGAUUUUUUUCUUUUUAAUGGAAGUACUCACAAAAUCUGAACAAUUAAUUUGGAGAUAAAUGCUUCUUUGUGCACACUGCUAGUUGUGUUUGCUACUUCAUUAUCUGUCACAAUAACACACAUCCUUCUGACUUACGUCCAAAGUCAGGGAUCUGCAACCUUGAGUCUCUACCCAGAAUUCCCUGAUAUCUAAAAUAAGAUCAUAUAAAUAAGUAUCUCAAAUCGAAAACCUUUCUAUUAGGAGAUUGUUGGGAGUUUACCCAUUGGGGAACCAAACGUUCCAGAUCCCUGGCUCCAAGUAAAGUGCCUCAUGAAUUCAUCCGUUUCGCUAGGGUGCCAUAUUGUUACAUGCUAAUUCGAGAAACAUGAACUGUGAACAAAUCCAUAGCAUUUUAUCCGUGAUCAAUUUCCAUUCAAUUCUACUGAUUUUUUAACAGGCGGAUUCCGAGCUUCCAUUCCUACGCAUUCCAGUCAGAUCUCCCAGUUUUAUACAAAAAAAAAAAAAACUUUUAAUACCGUUUUGAGUUUUAUGUGACUUGAAUUUUUAAUCUUUCUGUAAGAUACAGUAACUUAAAUGUAUAUACUAAAUGUGUAUCUUUUCUUCAGAUACCAGAUUUGAUAUAAAUGUAAAAUAGGCAUGUAGAUAGUGAAUCGGUUUCUUUUAUUGCAAAAGAAUAUAAUUCUGCAUGAAGUCCCAAUAAAAUCUUGUACCAUGCCUGUGAGCAGCACACAAACAGAAACACUGGAAAUAAAAAGUAUUUGGUGA